AUCCUAGGAACCCAACCCAGGUCCUCUACAAGACGAGCCAGUGCUCUUAACUACUUGGCCAUCUCUCCAGCCCUCCUCUUGAUUUUUAAGAAGAGAUUGGACCAGGCACAGUGACACAAGCCUGUAAUCUCAGCACUGGGGAGGCGGAAGCACAUCAGGUCUCUAAGUACGCAGAAGUAGCUCACUUUUUUUUUUUCUGGUCUUUUUUAGACCUGGAACUCACUGUGUAGACCUGGCCAGCCUUGAACUCACAGAGAUCGGCCGCCUCUGCCUCCAGAGUGCCUCCGGGAUUAAAGGCAUGCGCCACCACUCCUGGAACCUUUCUUCCUAGUUCUGGUUUCUACCCGAGCCCACAGGAAGGAUCGGAAGGGGCGCGCGGCCGCUGGGCGGAGCAAACCACUAGGCUGCGGUCCCGCUGGCCGGAAGAGCGAGGUGCCACCCCUGUUAGGCCCCGUUCACGUUUCUGCGGCGCGGUCGCUGGGUUCUGAGUGGCUGUUGUGGGGUUACCGCUGCGCUGAAGCAAUGCCGGGCGGAAGCCGCUGCCCCGACUGCGGCUCCGCGGAGCUGGUGGAAGACUCGCAUUAUGCACAGAGCCAGCUGGUGUGCUCCAACUGCGGCUGCGUGGUCACCGAAGGCGUCCUCACCACCACCUUCAGCGACGAGGGCAACCUCCGAGAAGUAACAUAUUCUCAAAGCACAGGAGAAAACGAACAAGUCAGUCGCAGCCAGCAACGAGAUCUUCGCCGAGUGAAAGACCUGUGUCAAGUUCUGAAGUUGCCAGUAACAUUUGAGGACAUCGCAGUUGCCUACUAUCAAAAGGCAUACCAGCUCUCCGGCAUCCGUGCUUCUAGGCUGCAGAAGAAGGAAGUGGUGGUUGGAUGCUGUGUUCUAAUCACCUGCCGGCAACAUAACUGGCCCUUAACCAUGGGAACCAUCUGUACCCUGUUGUAUGCUGAUCUGGAUGUGUUUUCUGGCACCUACAUGCAGAUAGUGAAGCUUUUGGGGCUGAAUGUGCCAUCUCUGUGCUUAGCAGACUUGGUGAAGGCUUACUGCAGCAGCUUCAAAUUGUUCCAGGCUUCCCCAUUGGUGCCAGCCAAGUAUGUGGAAGAUAGAGACAAGAUGCUGUCCCGGACCCUGCUGUUGGUGGAGCUGGCAAAUGAGACGUGGCUGGUGACCGGGCGGCACCCUCUGCCCAUCAUCACUGCAGCUGCCUUCCUGGCAUGGCAGUCUCUACGGCCUUCAGAUCGACUGGCAUGCUCUCUUGCCCGAUUCUGUAAAUUGGCAAACGUGGACCUGCCCUACCCUGCUGCAUCUCGUCUCCAGGAGUUCCUGGCUGUGCUGCUACGGAUGGCUGAGCAGCUGGCCUGGUUGCGGGUUCUGAAACUUGAUAAGCGCUCUGUGGUGAGACACAUUGAUGACCUUCUCCAGCACCGCCACAUGCUGCUCCGCAUGGCUUUUCAGGACGGAACAGCAGAAGUAGAGACCCAGAAGCAGCAGCAGGAGCCAGGACAGCAAGAGGUGGAGCACAGCGUCUUCAGUCUGCCCAAGGGGAAGAGGCCAGCCAGUCCUGCCCUUCUCCCACCCUGCAUGUUGAAGCCCCCAAAGCGGAUCCAGUCCACACCCCCUGCCUCCACAGUGACUGGAGAUGAGGACAUUUCUGAUGGUGAAAUAGAGCAGUAUUUGCGUACCCCUCAGGAAGUUAGCAACUUUCAGAGAGCCCAAGCUGUCAGCCAGGCAGCCCUGAGUGCGUCUAACCCUCCCUGAUGCACACUCAGAGAUAUUUUGUAAUUCUGACUACAGCUGGGUAGACCUAUCAUAUCCCAAGAAGUAAGUAUAUGUGACCCUUGAAUACUGCCUUUCUCAUUUAAAGGAACCAAGAUUGGUCUUACAAUUUGUUGACCCUAAAGUCCUAGAGAAGUUGGGAGGAGUUUGGGUAAGUUCUGUCCCUUGGUGCAGGUGAGCAAGUUACCUGUCUAUAGUCUGUGGAAUGGCUCCUUCCCAAGACGGGAAAAUGCUGCUCUUCUGCCCUCGUUUGAACGGGAUGCAUUGUUGUUGUGGAGGAGCUGGUUUUCCUAGUGUUAGCAACCCUUAGUUGAGCAGGAAUAGGAAUUCCUGGCCAUUAUCUGGUCUAGGCUCUAAUGGUUUUGUGUAUUCAUGAGAUCGUCUACCUCAUUAACAAAAGGGCCAUGGGUAGAAUACAGCUAUAGCUCAAAGGGCUUUGAAAGAGUUUUAAUAUAUUAAAACAAAAGGCAUCAGAAAACAUUCUAUUGUAUAAAACAAGCUUUUAAAAACGUUUUCUUUGGCACUUCAUUCCCUCCCUUCCCUUUCCCCAGCAUAUUGCAAAAAGCUCUCCAGUGCUAAGGCAUUGGCAGGGUACGUAAACAGCAGCCAGUAUGUGGAAGAAUAAUACAAAAGCUUUCUCUCCUAGUAUUGCCUGUGCAGCAAGCAUAAAUAACAGGACCCCUCUUAAGGAGUGGGUUUGUCCUCAGCUGGCUAGACCCAGGUGACAUGAAGCCUGGAGGGAGCCCAAGCCAGACCUAGACUCCCAAUGCUCUUCACAAGGCCCAAGGGUCCCCGUUUCCAUGUAGUCCUGUAGUGAGGCAUUUUAGGGUGGGAGACAAUGGUGGUUGGGUUUCAAAGUAGUGAAAGCACAGGCCCUUGAAGGCUCUCCAGGGCUUGGCUGGGCUUCUGUGAGUUGGAAGCUGGUUUGACAUUUUAUAGGUUCCCCUAACUGUGGAGUUAGAGAUCCAUUCUUGGCAUGGCUCUGCCACAAAGCCUCACAGAGGCAGGCGUCCUCAGUCCCUUGGAGUUAGACACUGAGACCAGGCAAUGGGCCUUAUAAUUGCAGUUAAGUGCUUUUCUAAGCAUCACCAGAAGCUUUGGGGUGGAUUCCCUCUUCAGACUACUGUGCCCAGAUCCAAGUAGCAGCUCCCUCCCAUUAAGCCUUCUGGCACCUGGCAGCAUCACCAUCUCAGGUAUAAGGGCUCGGAUUUUAGUCUGGGACACCUACCUGCAUCCCACAGGACAAGCUGAUCUCUAUAGCUGCCUUUCACACUGCCCAAGUCCCAUCCCCUUGCAUAGUUAAUCCAAAAAGCAGCCCCUUUGGCUCCCCAGGGCCUGGCACCUGGCUCACUAGAAUGGCUUCCUGACCCAAAGCUGGGGCCAGGAUCUUGGCAGUGACCCACGUGCCUUGUAGAAGACCGUGAAAGAAUUGGUACGCCGCUUCUCACUUUCUGAACCCUCCUGGGCUGGGCUCUUCCACUCCCGUCAUGGGUAACCCCCCAGGCUGAGGAAGAUUUGUCCCCA